AUGAAAAUUAUAUUGCUCUUUUCACUUGGUGUUUGUUCUAUAAUCUCAUCAGACUCGCGGCUAAUUGAAAAAAUCACUGACAGAACAUUGACAACCGAAACUAAAACAGGUUCAAGCCCACCCGUACGCCUUGCGAGGCAAGCCUACGGGGAUUACAUGUUCGGAUUGAACAACGACAAUGAAGAUAGUAAUGAGUUCUUCACAAGCUUUAACAGAAAGGUAAGACAUUUCAACAUAGGAUCUAAAAAUCCUGAGCCCCCGAGAAGGCUACGCCGAGAGUCUAAUGAGCGUAUCGAUAAACCAGUAAAGAACACCACUGUAGCAAUCACUACUGCCCCUAGUGCCAAUGGAAGGGGAAAAUCAAAAUCUGUACUUGUAAAAAAACCAAUACCAAAAUACAAUGAAAUGGAUUAUGAUGAUGAUUUUCAAAUGAAGAUGAGCAAAUAUCCAGUGAAGUUGUUGGAUUCAGGUGAACAUGAAGACGAAGACUUUAAUUUAGAUGAUUACGAUUUCGAUGUGAAUCACGACGAAUUCAUAGGCAGGGGUAAGCCCUUGGAGCCAAGGGCCAAACACAGAGGAACUGAGCCUAAACCAAAACCUGAGACGAAACUUUCUGUAGCUCCGGAGAUUAAAAUUAAAAGUAAAGUAAAUAUACCUCAUCAGGUGCCUUCAGUUAAGAAAGAAAGAUCGGCAGAAAAGCAAAGAAAAACAAAUGAAAAGGAAAAGGAUGAUUACUAUGAUGAGUCUACAUCAACUACUAAAGAGCCUCAGAAAGCUCGUGAGCUAGACGACGAGUUCAAUGACGAUAACGAGGAGAGCAAAGAAUUCUACAGCAAAAUAUCAAACGUGAGAUUGGCCAGGUCUCCUUGGAAUGCAAAUACUCUAUCUGAUACAUUGGGUGACAAAGCUACUGCAGCCGUGUCUAAAAUACUCAGCAUUUUACCAAUGUUUCCACAAGUACCAGAUGAAGGUGGGGCCUUUGAGUAUCGUGUAGGACCUGGUCAUCGUAAUGGGUGGUCUAACAGAGGGUUCAACGAAUGGGUAAGAAGAAAGUAG